GUUCACCAGGGGCGGCCGGCGGCCGGCGGCAAAAUGGCGACUCAGAGUGGAGCGGCCUCCGGCAGCCUGGCUCCCGGGGUCGAUGCCGGCGGAGAGGAGGCCUUCAAACUGUUCCUAACCGAGGUAAAACAGAUUGAAAAAAGGGACUCUGUCCUGACCCCAAAACAGCAAAUUGAAAGACUGACGAGACCUGGAUCCACCUAUAUCAAUCUAAAUCCAUUCGAAGUGUUACAGAUAGAUCCCGAAGCAACAGAUGAAGAGCUGAAAAAGCGGUUCAGACAGCUGUCAAUUUUGGUACAUCCAGACAAAAAUCAGGAUGAUCCUGACAGAGCACAAAAGGCUUUUGAAGCUGUUGACAAAGCUUACAAGAUGUUGUUGGAACCAGAACAGAAGAAACGUGCUAUCGAUGUGAUACAAGCUGCAAAGGAAACAAUAGAACACAAUAUGAAAGAAAAAAGAAAGGCAUUAAAGAAGGAAGGAAAGCCUUGUGUUUUGGAAGAGGAUGACCCUGAAGUUUUUAAGCAAUCAGUGCACAAACAAACUAUGAAGCUGUUUGCUGAAUUAGAAAUUAAAAGGAAGGAACGUGAAGCCAAGGACAUGCAUGAAAGGAAACGGCAAAGAGAAGAGGAAAUUGAGCAGGAAGAGAAAGCAAAACGUGAUAAAGAGUGGCAGAAAAAUUUUGAGGAAAGCCGUGAUGGCCGUGUUGAUAGCUGGAGAAACUUCCAAGCCAAUAAAAAAGGGAAGAAAGAGAAGAAACAGAGGAGUUUUCUCAAACCACCAAAGGUUAAGAUGGAGCAGCGAUAAGAGCCAUCUGAAAAUAGUUUAGGAAAAUAUAAUAGGAAAUGAUAAACACAAACUAUAGCAAUGUUUACUCCAGACCAUGUUCUUCUCUUAGGAGUAGUGUUUGCAGUUUAUUGGCAGAAAUGUUUUUUUUCCCCCCUGUCCAUUCUACUGAUGGUAAGUGUUGCGGUAGUUAGUACUGUUUUUUAUUUUCACCCCGAUGAUCUAUGUAGCAGGGCUUCACUGCUUCCUGAUUCUCAACCAAUAUGAUGUAAAUGUACAGUAUAAAAGAGGUUGAUAAUGACCUUGUAUCCUUUUGAAAACCUUUAAUUUUUAAGCCCUGUAAUUUAACGUUUUGUAACCUUUUUGUACUGUGAACAAUUUGUCUAUCUUUAGUCAUCAAAAGUAAUCAUUAAAAAUGUUUGGAAAUAACAAAGUAUGUGUUUUCUAUUUUCAAAAUUGAUAGAUGCCAUAUAUUGUAUAAUUAGAUUGCAUCAUACUUUGAAGUAUUUAUCAAAUUUUGACUUUUGUUACAGGUAUUAAGGUUGCAUAACAAUUGCUUUAAAUUUCAAACUCCUAGGGAAGGAAUAUCCAUUAACUUAAAGAAUGAGGUACUAAUGCACAGAGUUAUAAUUUUACUAGAGGUACUGGUUGAUGUUGGGACAACAAUUGUACAGAUGAAAGCAUUUAAUUUCACAAAAUGCUAACUAUCCAUAUCUGAGUGAAUAUUGGUUCUGGGUGUGCUCGGGUCAAUGCAGAUAAUUCAGUGUAAAACGAGGUUAGAUUCUUUCUGGAUUGUCAUACAGUCACUUCCAAUUCUCUCCAAUGAACAAGGUGGAGACUGCUGCAAAUGCUUAACAGGUAUGGCUGCAUUUGUGGAAACAGCAACCGAGUAAUUGUCUCAAGCUAAUCACUUUUUAUCAGAACUCCUCGUUUGUCUCCUGUUUGCUUGCCCACUAACUGUUUUGGUACCCUACUUGACAUUUUAAUUUUCAAAAAAUUGUAAAAAAUCUUGAAUAAAAACUGAUAAGUUCA